AAUACUAGGAUUUCACAAGUUCAAUCUUAAAGACAAGUGUGCUCGAUAUCACACAGGUCUGGUGUGCCCCUGAUCAGAGUUAUUCUGAUCUGAAGAUUUUGGCGUUUAAGGCAUUAAGAUAAUUGCCUGAGUUGUUCAUGGAGUUUUUCAUCAGUAUGUCUGAAACCAUUAAAUACAAUGACGAUGAUCAUAAAACUCUGUUUCUGAAAACACUAAAUGAACAACGCCUGGAAGGAGAAUUUUGUGAUAUUGCUAUUGUGGUUGAAGAUGUGAAAUUCAGAGCACACAGAUGUGUUCUUGCCGCCUGCAGCACCUACUUUAAAAAGCUUUUCAAGAAGCUUGAGGUAGAUAGCUCUUCAGUAAUAGAGAUAGAUUUUCUUCGUUCUGAUAUAUUUGAAGAGGUCCUGAACUACAUGUACACAGCAAAGAUCUCCGUGAAAAAGGAAGAUGUUAACUUAAUGAUGUCAUCAGGUCAGAUUCUUGGUAUCAGAUUUUUGGAUAAACUCUGUUCUCAGAAGCGAGAUGUAUCUAGUCCUGAUGAAAAUAAUGGCCAAUCAAAGAGUAAAUAUUGCCUCAAAAUAAAUCGCCCCAUUGGAGAUACUGCUGACACUCAGGAUGAUGAUGUGGAAGAAAUCGGGGAUCAGGAUGACAGUCCUUCAGAUGACACAGUAGAAGGCACCCCCCCAAGUCAAGAGGAUGGCAAGUCACCUACGACUACACUCAGGGUUCAGGAAGCGAUUUUGAAAGAGCUGGGGAGCGAGGAAGUUCGAAAAGUAAAUUGCUACGGUCAGGAAGUAGAAUCCAUGGAGACCCCAGAGUCCAAAGAUUUGGGGUCCCAGACCCCUCAAGCCUUAACAUUUAAUGAUGGAAUGAGUGAGGUAAAAGAUGAACAGACACCAGGCUGGACUGCCACCAGUGACAUGAAGUUUGAGUAUUUACUUUAUGGUCACCACCGGGAGCAGAUUGCCUGCCAAGCAUGUGGUAAGACAUUUUCUGAUGAAGGCAGAUUGAGGAAGCAUGAGAAACUUCACACCGCAGACCGGCCAUUUGUAUGUGAAAUGUGUACAAAAGGGUUCACCACCCAGGCCCACCUGAAGGAACACCUAAAAAUCCACACUGGGUAUAAGCCCUACAGUUGUGAGGUGUGUGGAAAAUCAUUCAUUCGUGCCCCAGACUUAAAGAAGCAUGAGAGAGUUCACAGUAACGAAAGACCAUUCGCAUGUCACAUGUGUGACAAAGCCUUCAAACACAAGUCCCACCUUAAGGACCAUGAAAGGAGGCACAGAGGCGAAAAGCCCUUUGUGUGUGGCUCCUGCACCAAGGCCUUUGCCAAGGCAUCGGAUCUGAAGAGACAUGAGAACAAUAUGCACAGCGAGAGGAAGCAGGUUACCCCCAGUGCCAUCCAGAGCGAGACUGAACAGUUGCAGGCCGCAGCCAUGGCUGCAGAAGCCGAGCAGCAGUUGGAGACAAUAGCCUGUAGCUAGAGGUGGCAGGACCCGAGUGCUGCGCCUGGGAAGCCGAGACUGGGACUACAUUGAUCGUGAUCAGCGAAUGCCAGUUAUUAUGUUUUCAUGGAAAUGAAUGGAGCAAUGUACUUGCUGGACAUAAGGCAGUGAUUGGUUAGGUGUUUUUAGAACUUUGUCAAGGAAAUUACGUUCCUAAGUUCUGACCAAACCGUUUCAGUGUCUUGUCUAGUCUAUUGUUGCCAGUAAGCUCCCCUCCCUUUCUUUUUUAUGAUUUUAAUUUGAGAACUCCUAUGUCCAGUUUAGAGGUGAGAGACUUCUGUUCUAUUUUUAAUCCUCUACACUCGCGUUGUGAGUGCACUGCACAGAGUAAUAAUCGAGUAAAUUGAUUUCUUAAUCGUCAUAGUCACACGUGACUUAUGGUCAAAACAGCAGUUUGAAUAACUUAAUAAACGUUCUUCAUACAGACCCAGAAAAUGCUGGUGGGUGAUUGACCAAGAACACUGCGCAAGUGUGAAACCAAGUUCUGGAAAUGCAGAAUGGUAUUAGAUUUAUAUUUGUUUUAUUCACUUUUUCUGUCACUGUUUUACAUUAUUUUUGUGCACAGGUAAUAAUUGCUUUGCUGAAGUGUUUCUUCAUCCAUUUCGAUUGCCCCAUAUCUACCCCAAAAGCUGUAGUCAUACGUACUACAUCAUCCUGUGAACCCACAGGAUGCUGGUGCUUAGGGCUGGGUUCACAGGUUCCUCUUUUGGGGGCAUUGUCCUUCUGCAACAAGUGGGGGUUUGUGGAGUAGACCAGUGGUGAGAGGAGUGAAAGCUCUCAGAGACAAGGUUUUCAUAUGUGCAACAAUUCCAAGACUUAUUAGAUCAAAAUAAUUCUUAAUUGAUUUUGAAAUUGGAUUUAUAUUUAGGUUCAAAAUUAGGACAAGAAACAUUUGUGUGGCUUAAUGGAAUGUCAUCCAGCUUUUAGGCUCUCUGUGGCACAUGAUUUAUCCAUAAAAGAGAUGCAAUAUGCUUGCUUAAAUUAAUAAAUUUAAAAAUCUUCUAAGUGUGUAAAUAGUAGUGUUGGUCUUAUGUAUUUCAAGUAAAAGCAGAUGGCUGCACCUUUUUUUGCACAUUGGAUUAAAGUAACUUCCAUGAGCAACAAACAUCAGACUGUUUUUAACCAAUAUUAAAGAUUGUGAGACCAAAUGUUUGUUAUUGAAGUAUAUUUCAUCACUGGUUACAGUUUAAAUAGGAAUUGAUUGCCUUUUAUUAGCUGUAAAUCAGAAUUAUAAAUUCUGUUUCAGAUUUGGUGUACUAAAUGUUCUUUUAACCAUUUCGUUAGGAAUAUAUUGAAAUGCCAACAAUAGUUUGAAUUAUGUUCUGUAAGAAAGUAUUAGUCAAUUAUUUUAGAAUAUGUACAAUUGUAGAAAAUGACAACUGUUAAAAUUCAUAUUUGGUUGCUAGAAUUUUUUUUAAGUACAUUAAAGUAAUUUCAUUUAAUAGCUUGUUACAUUAACACCUGUAAUGACUAUUGUGGGAGAAACUUUAUUUUUUAAAUUGGUGUAUAUGUUCUGCCCGAGAUUGUAGGAUGAAGAUGCUACUUUAAAAGAAAUUAUUUAUUGGUAAAAAUGUUUAAUUUAGUUUAAAAUUAAUUUAAUUUCUUUUCUUGAAAGUUGUUUAUUCUGUACUAAAAGUAGUCCUGUCACUGUGUUUAUAUGCUGUUAGUAGAAGGGGAACUGACUGCUGUUCCAAGGCUGUUUUAACCAAAGCAAAGGAAAAAUAAUUUAACAUCUUGUUGAUAGCUACUUCAACAAACCAUAUUUUGGGCCUUCAUUUUUGUAUAUAAAAGAAAGUAUACUUCUAUCAUUCCUGUUUUCAUUUUUUUCAUAGCAAUCUUUCACACACCCAGGUUUCUUCCAAAAUAUGCUUUCUAUACUCUUAAUCACGGUUUUAUAGAAUUGCAGGUUUAACAUGGGAUUGACACCCAUUGAAACCACAGAAUCAUGGCAGUACCCCCAAAAGAGAAAGUUUAAUUUUCAGAUCUUUAUUUGUAUUGUGCAGGUAUUUGUCAUUUGGCCUAUUUUGCAUGAGAAAUAUAUUUCUGUUACAAUUUCUACCACUGGUAUUGGGUUCCUGUAUGUAUUUGGGUGCAUGUUUUCUUUGUGUUCUUUUAGUGGCAGCAGAGUCAUAACCUGACAGCUGUUCUGCGUGCUGAGACCUGGUCAGUAACUGCCUUUCUUCACAUCCUUCUGGCUGUAAUAGUCUCCUGGAUAGUGAAACCAUCAUGUUAGAUUCUUCAAGGGUAUCUCUAAUAUACUAGGGAGUUAAUUCUGAAAUAUGCUCACCCUGCAUCUGCUACAUACACGAGAGGAAGGGAAAUUCUAAAUGUCAAUAUUACUCCCUUUUCACUGCUACUUUUUCUGUUUGUAUAAAGAGAAUGUCCAUAAACUUGAUGUUAACUUUUGUACUCAACUUGCAUUGUACUGGUACUGAUGAAGAAAGAGGAUUUGGGGAAGUUUAACUGAAGGGCAAUGUGUUAGCUUUCUGUUACUAUAGAAACAUCUGAGAUGUUCAACUGAUGAGAAGUUUUGUUUUGGCGGUUUCAAUCCAUGAUCAGUUGGCCCAGUUGUUUUGGGCCCAUGGUGCCAUAUCAAAAGAACAUAUGGUAGAACAAAGCUGCUUAUCUCUGGCCAGAAAGCUAGGAAGAGGAAGAUGCCCUUCAAGGGCAUGCCCCCAAAGACCUGAAGACCUCACACUAGGUCCCAUGCAAAGUUCCACCAUGACCCAAUAAUGUCAUGAGCUGAGGUCCAAGCCUCCAACAGAAGCGCUUUUGGAGAACAUUUAAAACCCAAACUGCAGCAGGUAAUUUGCCUCUGUUAACUUGCUCAUUAAUUUAAAGUGUUUGGAAAUUACGGAAGUGCUAUCAAAUGAACUUGACACUAACUUCUGUUUUGUUGGAGGAAAAGAUUGAAAUGAGAGAAAAUGAUGUAAGUGUAUGUAGUUUCCAAUUAAAUGGAUUAUACUGUAACUCAGUCAUUUGGAACCUGGAAUUCAUUCUCUUGUGGUAGCAUUGUCAGUGAUGAUAACUGCUGUGAACAGACUGUAAGUGUAGUUGAACUAGAAUUAUAAGCACUGUAGUAUUGAGUUUUGAAUAGUAAAAGUCAGGGAACCAUGACUUCCCAAAAGGAGAAUGGAGAAGUGUCAUUUUCCUCUCAAGUCUGUCUUGAUUAUUGUAUAUUCCCUUAUAACUGGGAACUUUCUCCCCCCAUGAAGUUAUUCAAAAUAGGGUUUUAGUCUUGCAUCUGCAUGACUUAAGGUUUUAAUCCUGCAUCUAAAGAUAAUAAUGAGUCAACAUCUCCUGAGCAUCCUGCAUGAGCCACUGGGCAGGAUCCUGGUGAUACAAAGGCAGAAGAGACUUGACUGCUGGCUAACAGCGUAUAUGUACCCCUUCUCAUUCUUGUCCUAUGUAUCCUUUAAAAACUGACAGUGGCCUCUGCCCUUCAACUGUUAGUUAUGGUUCCCUUCAGGGUUACCAUUCUGAUCUCAUCUCAAGGACCCUAGAUGUAAUUUAUCUGAGUUGUAACACAUUUCAGCUGUUGAAUAUUUUCACGAUAUUUUUGAGAUUCUCAGUUACCAAUAUUCAUUCAUUUGACUUUUUCAAGUGUAACAAGGAGGAAGUGUGGAUUAAUGGAAAGAUUUUUCUAGUCGAACUUGGGUUUUGAUCAUUUGUACUUAUCAGUUAAUGUAUAGACAUAGACAAGUUUUCAUUGUCCUGAGCCUUGAUUUCAUCUUCUCUAAAGUAGAUACAGGGGUUUUUAACCUCAUCUGCUGUGAGGAUAGAAAUACAAAUCGUUUAGCCCAGCAUAUGCCGCUCUAGGUGCUCCAUAAAUGUUCCCUGCUGUUCUUAAUUCUCUUUGCCUUUGGCAUCUGUCAGCUCUACAAUCACUGGCCCUGAAUUGUAGACUCAACUUUUUAAAAUCGUCUUAACUGAAAACGUCUACAGAAGCUGUUUAUCUUAGCAUUUCUGUAAGCUUCCACCCAUUUACAGCUUUGUUCUAAAAUAUGUGUAUUCAUCUUAGUCUUUCAUCAUUUAUCCAUUUUUAAGUAGGUCAUUGGAAUGUAGUCAAGAGUUAACACCGGCCUCUGGAUGGUUUCCUGCUUUUCUUGGGGAACAUGUUGGCAGAGCCAGCAUUGCAAUUUUGAGAGCCAUCUUUUGAGUCUCAUACAUGGAGUCAUGCAUUUAGAAAAUAUUUUUAUAUUAUGCUUUUCUAAAUGAUGUAUUUCAGGCUACACCCAGACUUUGCCUUUCUGGUUUGUAUAAAUUCCAGGAUAGUCUGUUGCUUUCUCCAAAGUGCUUAGACUACUACCCUAGAAUUCUUUUUUUUCUUUUGGUUUCAGAAUAACAGUUCGCUACAACACUUUGCUUUUAAGAGGAUAGUUCCAUUAAUUUUUACACAAAAGUGUAUAGAGUAAGGUUAAAGUGUGUGAGUUAACAAAUUCUCAUAGAAUGCCUUGUACUUGUCUGGCCUUGGACUGGGUGCUGGGAAUGCAACAGUGAACAAGAACAACUCCAUUCCUGCCCUCCUGGAGCUUAUUGUCCUGGAAAGAACACUUACCUUUCUGAAUUUUACAAAUGUUUACAAAUAAUUAUUGAUCAUAAAUGUGCAGAAUACUUAUUUUUUAAAAUAUGUGGUAUUUUAGUCCAGUUAAAGGAACACAUCUUAGAAAGUAAUUAAGGGUGUUUCAUACAUUGUCAUGAGAUUUAGUGGUACCAAAAUACACCAUUCUCAAGUGGAA